AAUUUGACAAUUGACGUAACUUCAACUGUCAGAAUCGUUGACCUUUUUUAGUCAGCUCUUCACGGAGGUCGGUCGCCCAAAAUUGAGAUUAAAAUCUAAAUCCAAACCAUCUUCCAAAAUGAGGAUCUACAAGGAUAAACUUACCGGCGAUGAAAUGUUCUCUGAUACGUACAAAAUUAAGUUAGUUGAUGAUGUAUUGUAUGAAGUUUAUGGAAAACAUGUUACAAGAAAAGAAGGAGAGAUUUUACUUGAUGGGGCCAAUCCCUCUGCUGAAGAAGCUGAUGAAGGUGCAGAUAGUAAUGUAGAAAGUGGAGUUGACGUUGUAUUAAACCACAGACUGGCUGAAAGUUAUGCUUUCCCAGACAAGAAGUCCUAUUUAUUGUAUUUAAAAGAUUAUAUGAAAAAACUAAUCCCAAAACUAGAGCAAGAUGCUCCUGAUCAAGUAGAAAUAUUUAAGACCAAUGUAAAUAAAGUAAUGAAAGAUAUUCUAAGUAGGUUUAAGGAUCUUCAGUUCUUUACUGGAGAAUCUAUGGAAAUUGAAGGUCUCGUAGGCAUUUUAGAAUAUCGGGAAAUUAAUGGUGACUCAGUGCCAGUUUUGAUGUUCUUGAAACAUGGAUUGGACGAAGAAAAGUUUUAGUUAAAUGCAUCAAUUUUACUAAAUUUAAUCUAUAUUUAAUUUAUAUCGAUAUACUCUUAUUGUUUUUUAACAUGUUAUAAAUAUUUUUUUAAGAGCUUAUUUUUCUUAUUUGGUCCAUGUUACAAAUUGUAAUAACAUUUAUACUACAACUUUUGAAAAAAAAAAUACAAGGACUUCCUACAGCAA